UUAAAAUUAUGAAAUUAAAAUUCUGAAUUCGUUCCAAAUUUUUUAUUCUCUCUGGAAUCCAAUACCGAUUAGUGCCAAAUCUUUUACUCUCUCUCUCUCUCUCAGAUCCUUAGGCAGAGGCAGAGGUAGAGGCAGGGGGGUUUUGUCCGAAGGUCGUUGCUGCGGUUCCGAUUACAGACAUUCUGGACAAACUUUGGCAUUCAUAUACCCUCCAACAAGGUGUUGUUUAGCUCGGCUUUGCACAAGCGUUUGUCAGAAGCUAACCAAGUGAGCUUGGAGAUAAAACAGAAUGGAGAAGAGGAAGGGAGUAAAAACAUUCAAAGAUGAAGAAGAAGACGAGGACAACAUUUGGUGGUGGUUAGUUGGGAGGGGUUUUGUGGCCUCAUUUAUUUGUAUUGGCAUUUUUGCAGUUUUGGUUAGAGUUGCAGUAUCUCUCCAUCCAUACUCUGGUGCUGGUAAGCCACCAAAGUAUGGGGACUUUGAAGCGCAGAGGCAUUGGAUGGAGAUCACCCUCAGUCUUCCAUCUAGCGAAUGGUACUGCAAUAGCACUACCAAUGAUCUGAGCUACUGGGGACUGGACUACCCACCCCUUACUGCCUACCAGAGUUACAUUCAUGGCCUUUUCCUUAGAAAGUUCCAUCCUGAAUCUGUUUCACUUUACACUUCCCGUGGCCAUGAGUCUUAUCUUGGAAAGUUGCUGAUGAGGUGGACAGUGUUGUCCUCUGAUGUGCUGAUGUUCUUUCCUGCAGUUCUCUAUUUUAUUUUUGUGUAUUAUUCUGGUAGUCGUGGGGCACAUAAAAAUGAUGUGGCUUGGCACAUUGCAAUGAUUUUGCUUAAUCCAUGUCUGAUACUGAUUGACCAUGGUCAUUUUCAGUACAAUUGUAUUAGCUUAGGCCUAGCUCUUGGAGCUGUUGCAGCCGUCCUCUCUGACAAAGACCUCUUGGCUUCUGUCCUGUUUAGUCUUGCUCUCAAUCACAAACAGAUGAGUGCCUAUUUUGCACCUGCAUUUUUCAGCUAUCUUUUAGGUAAAUGCCUAAGGCGUCAGAAUCCACUUCUUGAGGUGUUAAAACUGGGCCUGGUGGUCUUAGGAACUUUUGCUCUUGUUUGGUGGCCAUAUCUGCAGUCAAUGGACGCUUUUUUCAAGGUUCUCUCCCGUCUGGCUCCCUUUGAAAGGGGUAUAUACGAGGACUAUGUGGCUAACUUCUGGUGCACCUCUUCAGUAGUUAUAAAAUGGAAAAGAUUAUUCACAGUUCCAUCUCUGAAGCUUCUCAGUUUAACUGCAACUUUGUCUGCCUCUCUGCCAUCUAUGGUUCAACAGAUAUGGGCUCCAAGCAAGCGAGGUUUUCUGUUCGCCCUGCUGAAUAGUUCGAUGUCAUUCUACUUGUUCUCAUAUCAAGUACAUGAGAAGUCCAUUCUGCUGCCACUUCUGCCUGCGAGUAUUUUGGCCAUGGAUGAGCCUUUUCUUUUCAAGUGGAUGAUGCAUUUUGCGUUGCUUUCCAUGUUCCCGUUGCUCUGUCGUGACGAAUUGAUUCUGCCCUAUAUUUCUCUGUGCGUUCUCUUCUUCCUUCUUUACCAUGCACCCUGUGGAAGGCGAGAUACCAGACAGGCACAGUCUCCUGCCAUUUUGAAAUCAUUCAUAAUUGCCUUUCUUGUUUUGUGCUCCCUUAUUCUUCAUAUUGUAUACUUGGCCUUGCGUCCCCCUAAGAAGUAUCCUUUCCUUUUUGAAGCCAUUAUUAUGCUUCUUUGUUUUUCUCAAUUUGUGCUCCUUGCUGGUUACACCAACAUAAAGCAAUGGAAAUUGUCAGGCUCAAAACUGGAAAACAAAGAAAAAAAGUAUAUGUGAUCUGUUCUUUUUCAAUGUUAGAUCUCUGUCUCCACUACUCUAUAUUUUCUCCUGAGUAGAGGCAGAGACAUUGAAACAACUUGCUUCUAAUUUAUUAAAUAAGAAUGUCUUGCUGUUUUGAGAUUAAA